AUGGAUUUUCUUAAGCGUAAAUCUGAACUAAAAUACAUAAAACUAUCUGAUGAAAAUAUUAGUUUAGAAUUAGCAAAUAUGGAGUUAGAAGAUAUACUGGCCAAAAAAAAGGAUGAAUUAAUGCAGAUGAGAGAUGAUUUACUUUCAGCACAAAAGGCAGUGAUAGAGAAAGAUUCCCUUCUUCAAGAAACUAAUUCUCUUUUAUUAGAGCAUAUUUCAAAAACAUCCAGCAAAUCUAAGCAAAAUGAAGUGAUUGGAGGUGAUAAAGAACUGGAGAAAGGAUUCCGAAAAAUACAUAUGGAAGUCAUAAAUGAUCAGCAAGAUUUUGGCCUAAAAUAAGCAACUU